AUGGACAACAGAACAGAUACUGGACACAUGUUACAACUGGAGGGUGUUGACCUUGCACCUCGGUUUGUUUACCCAGUGUUUUUCAUUCUUCUUUUCACCUAUCUAAUCCUCAUGUUCACUAACACAGGACUCAUGGUUCUCAUCGCCAUGGAAAGGAGCCUACAGCAGCCCAUGUACCUGUUGUUCUGUAACCUGUCUUUCAAUGAUAUUAUGGGGAACACUAGUAUUCUACCUAGAAUAAUGGCAGAUCUUCUCUCAUCUGAGAGAUAUAUUAGUUACGUUGAGUGUGUCACUCAGGCAUUCUGUACCCACAUAUUCUCUACAGCGGCUCACACAAUUCUAAUGAUCAUGGCUUUUGACAGAUAUGUGGCCAUAUGUAACCCUCUGAGAUACUCCUCAAUCAUGACCACCAGCAUGGUGGUGAAGUUGUCAGCAGGUGCUUGGGGCUCAGCAUUGUUUAUGGUGGCAGUCUUGCUUGGACUCACCAUUCGAUUGACCAGAUGCCGGUCAUUUGUCAUGGGCAUGUACUGUAACAACGUAGCUCUGUUCAAACUUUCAUGCGAAGAUGUGACUAUCAGCAACAUCUAUGGACUUGCUUUCACUGCAAUGACAAUUGUUUCUUCAGCUGGAACUAUAGCAAUCACCUAUUUAAAAAUAUUCAGUGUUUGUUUCACCAAGAAAAGCAAAGACCUGAACAGUAAAGCAAUACAAACUUGUUCCACUCACUUAGUACUCUACAUGAUCAUGCUGUGCUCUGGCUUGCUGAUAGUCAUAUUUCAGCGUAUCCAGGUCUCCUCGGACUAUCGAAAGUUGAUGUCCAUUUUGUUUCAUGUUGUCCCAGCGAAUCUGAACCCUAUUGUUUAUGCACUGCAAACAAAGGAACUGAAAAGCAAGGUAAAAAAAAUACUGAACUCAAAAAUAUCAAAUAAGGCCUAA